AUGCGCGGCCACUCAGUCGUGGGUCAACAGGGAGUACAGAGAGGACUAAGCAAAAGCCCCUCUCUCACCCUGCUGCUGCUGCUGCUGCUGGGCCUCUCUCAGGCCACCCGUCUCAUGGAGGACGGAAGUGGACCAGAGAUCCUAACAGACGACCCUGAGGAUGUAGACAUCACUGAGAGAAUUCUGGCCACCAAUAACGGAUCCAGUCAGUUUCUGUUGGAGGGAGACAUGGUGGCGCCAACAACCAGAAACGCCAUGGUUUGCUUCAGUGCAGGGUGCUUCUGGAAAAAAGGCACCAACGGAUUGGUUGAAGUGCCCUACACAGUGAGCAGUAGCUUCAGUUCCUCUAAUAAGCAGAGCAUUGAGAACGCCCUCCGGGACUUCCCUUCCAGGACCUGCAUUCGCUUCGUGCCUCGUCAGAAUCAGGUUGACUUCAUCAGCUAUGAGCCCAGAGACGGAUGCUGGUCCUCUCUUGGGAGAGUGGGAGGCCAACAGACGGUCUCUCUCCAAAUGAACGGCUGCGUUUACUUCGGGGUCAUUCAGCACGAGACUCUCCACGCUCUGGGCUUCCAGCACGAACAAACCAGGAGCGACCGUGACCAGUAUGUCACCAUCAACUGGAGUAACAUCGACUCUAACAACGCCUACAACUUCGACAGAUCAAACACCAACAACCUGAACACUCCCUACGACUACAGCUCUGUCAUGCACUAUGGAAAUACAGCCUUCUCUAUCAACGGGAUGGACACCAUCACCCCCAUCCCCAACCCCAACGUGCCCAUCGGCCAGAGACAGGGGUUGUCCACCACUGACAUCCUGAGGAUCAACAUACUCUACGGCUGCUGAGAAGAAGA